AUGUCACCACUACGCUCCGUUCUCUCGACGGCCUCGCGAUCUCUGCUUUCUGCCCGCCAAGUCAUCCUCACCCCUCGCCGCUAUGAAGCUACCCACAAUGUGUCACGGUCAUUCUCGCAAUUGAGAGCAGUUUCAGCUCUCACUCAGAGUCGAUGGAGUCUAUUUCGUUCAAGCGUCGGUCAUAAUACUUCAACCGCGACCACCACAUAUAUACACUCGCAGAAAAGCGGAAUGAAAACCAGGUCGUCUGUGAAGAGACUCUGUGACGGUUGCAAGCCUGUGCGACGGAAGAACCGUGUCUACAUCAUCUGCUAA